UACUAAUCCAUUAUUCAUUUCUCUUCUCAUAUAUCAUCUCUCUAUCUCUCUCUAUUUAUACCUUUUUGUAUCAAUCAAUUAGUUUUCUCCAUUUAAAGUAAACCAAAAGAAAAAAAUAUAUUCUUAGAUGGAUCAUCAUCAGAAAAUUGAAGUUGAUUCAGGACGAGGAGGAGGACGAGGAGUAGAUUAUACGAAAAAUAAUCAAGAAAUUAGGGAAGAAGAUAUUGUUAUGGACCUUAGAAGGGGUCCAUGGACUGUUGAAGAAGACUUUACACUUAUCAAUUUUAUUGCUCAUCAUGGUGAAGGUCGUUGGAAUUCCCUUGCACGUUGUGCUGGUUUGAAGAGAACAGGAAAAAGCUGCAGAUUAAGAUGGCUUAAUUAUCUUCGACCAGAUGUUCGACGUGGGAAUAUUACUCUUGAAGAACAACUCUUGAUUCUUGAAUUGCAUUCACGUUGGGGCAAUCGUUGGUCUAAGAUUGCUCAACAUCUUCCUGGAAGAACAGACAACGAGAUAAAAAAUUACUGGCGAACUCGAGUGCAAAAGCAUGCAAAACAGCUCAAAUGUGAUGUGAACAGCAAGCAAUUCAAAGAUACCAUGAAGUAUCUUUGGAUGCCAAGGUUAGCCGAAAGAAUUCAAGCCGCUGCCGCUUCUAACCCGGCGACAGCUUCUUCCUCUGGCCCCCCCACCACCACUUACAUCCAAAACCAAGAAAUUCAACAUCCAUUACCAAACAUGAAUCAUCAUAUGUCAGACUAUACACCUAUUCCAUUUAUCGAGAAAACAAACAGUCUGAAUUAUUCAGCUACUUCAGCUUCGUCAGACAAUUACUCGUCCGACCUCACCGAUGGUUGCUACAAUUUCCCAAUUAACCAAAGCAAUAAUCAGGAUUAUUCUCAAGUUAAUCAAAGUACUAAUCAAAUGUGCUAUGGAGAAUCCACAAUUAACCCAACAAAUUACGAUUUUCACCAUGGAUUUCAAGGAUUCCAAGAAGUUGAUCAACAAAACAAUACUCAAUGGAUGGACAAUCCAUGGAAUAUUGAAGAUGUGUGUUUCUUACAACAAUUGAACAAUGACAUGUAAUACAAAUAUAGUGCUCAAAGAGUACCUCAAAAAUAAAAAUAGGGGUUGGAGAUUCUUCAUAGAGAAAUUAUAUAGAGUCAUCAUUCAUCACCACUUACUAAAUGUAUUUUCCUUUUAUUUUUUAAUUCUUAUGCAAAACAUUUGUAGCUUUUGUGUACCAAAUUUCUAUCUACUAUACUUAUAUUUGUUUAUGUUCUUUUAAA